AUGCCCCCCUCUGAAUCCGACAUCCUAUCGCACUACCUCCUCCUGCCCGCCCCCCUGACAGCCAUCACAACCCUCGACCAGUUCCGGACCCUGUUCCCGCGCUCAUGGCAACCCAGCCCCCAAAUCGCCCGGCUGUUCCGCGAUCUGCAAGCCCAGAGGAACCAAGUCCUCGACAAUGUAACCGGCAACAUUGGCAUCGAGGCACGCAUGGGAGCAGCCAUGAAGAGGGAGGUUCUCAGGGCAAUGCUCGAGGAGGAGAGAGGGUAUUUCGAUGCAGAGAUUGAGAUUGAGAGAGCUCUCUUCGGAAACGCGUCCGGCGCAAAAAGCGCCAAGCACACUCUUCGCUCUGUGCUUCCAGAACUUCAGGGCGCGGCUGGAGCCAUGGAGGUUGAGAUUGAAAAGCUUCAAGAGGAAGAAGAGCAACUGAUUGUCUCCAUCACACAAACCGUCGAUGGCCUCAGCGAUCUACGGUACGGCAAGCUCUCCAACGCCGAGCUCAAGAGCCAAGUCCUAGAGGGUCUUGCCAACCUUGACGACACUUGCAGAAGCAAAACUUGA